ACGAGCAAGCAGCAUCUUCUCGCACCAACUACACAACGUCAUCGUACGUGUGAAAAUCAUUAGAUCUUUUCGGCUUCCAUAGAAGCAGUAUCUCAACUCUAGUAUAUCAAAAAUUAGGGCACCGGUUCUCUCCCAUGGCGAGUCCUCCCAUGUCCAUGUCCGCUAUAUUCAAUUCCACCGCCCACACACCUCCCCUAGCCCGCGUUAAGCAGGAAGAGCAAUCCACUCCGACACCACCGCAACACUAUUGGCCACCAAUACAACUUCAGGUCAAAUGCGAACCCGGAGAACCCCCAAUCACUGCUCUUCAGGUACCUGACCGACAACAACCACCACCCCAAGAGGAUGAGCCGAAGGGACCUCAUUUGUUUAGAUCUAUUGAAGAGCUCGCCAAUCUCUCCGCUGCCAUUAGCGAAUUUUAUCGCAGAUACCAGGAAUUACAAUGCCACUUUGAUCUCAUCCAGAGCGCCAUCGAUGCUCGCUCCGGAGUUCGGCAACAUGGACAAGUAAUUCAGUCGGAGACGACGCCCGCUUCCGCUUCCGCUUCCCCUCCAACACCGAUUGUCACUGCGAAACAAACAACAGAAACCACCGCAACAGGUUCUACACCAGCCAAGUCGGAGGUUUUAAGUCUCUGCAAGAUGAUGUGUGGCAAAGGCCUCCGUAAAUAUCUUACCUCACACCUAUCCAAUCUCCGGAAGCUUCGAGACGAAGUUCCUUCCGCACUAAAAUGUGCGCCAAAUCCAGCCAAGAUAGUGCUGGAUUGCAUCGGGCGGUUUUAUCUGCAGGGAAUUCGGGCAUACACCAAGAAUUCUCCCAUGAUUCCAGGGAGAAAAGCUAGCGUUUUAGUUUUGGAAUUCUUUUUACAAAUAAUUGACGAUACCAUUGAGUUUGACUCCGCCGUGAAGCAGGAAGCAGAGCAGGCUGCAUUGGCUUGGAGAAAGAGGCUCAUAGCUGAGGGUGGUCUGGGGAAAUCCAGCGACAUUGAUGCAAGGGGUUUGCUUCUUUUAAUUGGUAGUUAUGGGAUCCCAAAGAGUUUUACCAAUGAGGAUGUUUGGGAUUUGGUUCGGUUAUGUAAUUCAAAGCAGAUUGCGGAUGCCCUUAGAAGAUCCCGAGUUCUUGUUGCCAGGGUCUCAGGUAUUUUAGAGAGAAUGAUGAACAAUGGAAUGAAAAUUGAAGCUGUUGAUGUAGCAUCUACUUUUGGGAUCGAGGAUAAGUUUCCUCCCCAGAAACUUCUAACUUCAUUCCUACAAGAUGCUAAAGAAGCAUCAAAGAGGAGGAGGAGAGAAGCAAAUAAUUCUCCUUACUUAAUGAAGGAAGCAAGUGAGAAGCAGUUGGCUGCUCUGAAAUCUGUAGUGAAGUUUCUUGAAGAUCGCAAACUUGAUCCAAUAAAGCUUCUUCCUGGAUGGCAAUUUAGAGAAGUGAGAGAGAAGCUAGAGAAAGAAAUUGCUGACCUCAAUAAAACGAUAGAAGAUAUGGUGACAUCAAAAAGAAAAGCAGAUGAGAAUGAGUUGUUAAAUAACUUGAACAGUCAAGAAACAAAACGUCCAAGGUUUACUGGUUCACCUCUAAUAUCCUCAGCAAGACUUGGGCUGCAUGAACAAAGGACUACCGGUCAUGUGGAUGGCAGUGGUUUAUAUAGUGCUUCCCUGCGAACGAACUUGUUGGAUGGAGGACUUUCUGGUCAUAUCAACAACCCUUCUGUUGCAGGAUCUAUGUUGUAUGGAUCUGAUGUGGGGUUCAUGCCUGAACAUGGCCUUGGCACAGUGUCAGGAGGUGGGGGUAUAAUGCACGGCGCUGGAGUGGGUCUUGCAGCUGCAUAUAAUACUCCAUCCACAAGUUCAUUUACCGGAGUUAACAGGGAUAUGCUUGUUGAUUGGACUGGGCAUAAAAUGGUUAGCGAUGUUGCAUAUGGAUUUAUUGAUAGAUCACGGGGGCAGAGCUUUGUUCAUCAACAUGUCCCUGGAUUGUUUGGGCCAUCACCAUCGAUAGUAGGUUUUGCGGGUGUAUCGAAUUCCCCACCUACCAAUGCUGGUAAUAGGAGCCCAAUCUCUGAUCUUUAUCGGUUUGCUGAUGCUGUUAAGUGAGACCGGCAGUGAUAGUCCGCAAGUUUAGCCCAGUACAAUCUACUGAAUCUGAUGCACUAAGAAGUCUAGUCCCAGUACAAUCUACUGAAUCUGAUGCACUAAGAAGUCUAGUUGCGUUGUUUUGAUGUGUAAAUUAAAUGUAAUAUUUAAUUCUCUGGCCUGGAGAAAAUGGCAGCCACAUGAAUACAUUUUCGUUGUACAAUGGGCUGCCCAGCGUAUUACACUCGACUGCCAAUGCAUUAGGUCGUGUGGCAAACACAAUCUACAUCUACCGAAGAUGUAUCUUACCAAGUGUGGAGAUAAUGCAUUGGUAAGAUCUACUGUAUCUUUUCCCCCCCCAAAGUCUCUGCAAUGGGAAAUUGAUCCAAGUUUAUACUUUUCUC